GAUCUUCAGCCGGAGUAGUAAAGGAAAUGACUUCAUUGUCCCCUACGUCUCUGCAACUACAAUUUCUCUAACCGAGCUUCCUCUUUCCCCUCUCUAAUGGCGGAUCAACUCUCUCGCUUCUUCUUCUUCCUCCUUAGCUCACUGGUUUUCACGCUCUCUCUUCUUCAACACCCAACUGCAUGCCGAGCCCAGACUCUCUUCGUCUUCGGUGAUGGUUUCUAUGACGUCGGAAACAAGCAGUUCCUCUCCGGCAACCUCGUCUCGGCGAACGCUCCUCCGUACGGAGUUACUGUUGGAAAGGCCACCGGAAGGUGGUCCGACGGGCUUGUCGUGUCGGAUUAUCUAGCUGGGUUCAUGGGCAUUCCUCGGAUUUCUCCGAUUCUCGAUCCCAGGUCUGAUUUGUCUCAUGGAGCAAGCUUCGCCAUCGCCGGAGCCACCGUUCUCGGCUCUCCACCGGAGACGAUGACUCUUGGACAGCAAGUGAGGAAAUUCUCUGAAAACAAGAACAAAUGGACAGAUGAUGAAAGAUCCAAAGCUAUCUACUUGUUUUACAUCGGGGGAGACGAUUACCUGAACUUUGCCAAGAAGAACCCUAAUCCCUCGGAUGAUCAGAAACAAGCUCUAAGUGAUCAGAUCAUCACCGGCAUUGAAGCAGCCAUAAAGGCUGUGUAUGGAGAUGGAGGAAGGAAAUUCGCCCUGCAGAACCUCGCACCGUUAGGUUGCUUACCGGCGGUGAAACAAGAGAACGGAGAAGGCGAUACAUGCGUAAAAUUACCUUCGGAAUUGGCAGCUCUUCAUAACAAGAAGCUGCUUCAGCUGUUGAGGAAGCUUGGACUCAAACUCAAGGGUUUCCAAUAUUCGUAUUACGAUUUCUUCCGAUGUCGACAGUUCAACAUGUAUAUAUAUAUACUCGAAAAUGCCUCGGGGGUUCAUCGUGUUAAAAUGAUUUGUGAUGUCGGUACAGCGUUUGAGAAGGGAAAUGCUGCAUGUUGUGGAAAGGGAGCUUAUAACGGGACGGGCUGCGGAACUGACACAGUAUGCUCCAAGCCACCAGAGUACGUAUUCUUCGACGGGAAACACUUGACGAAUGAGGCUAACUUUCAGAUAGGACAGCUGAUUUGGAGCUCAGACACAGAGGUCAUAAGCCCUAACAAUCUGAGGGAGCUUCUGGUUCUUCCUCUGGACAUUCCUGUGAUCUUCAAUACAGCAUCGAACACAACUGGAUCUGGUGAGGAGGAGGAGGACACAAGGAGGGAAAUCCAUAAGAUGUACGACAUGGGUUCCUUGGAAUGGGGAACUGAGAACCAGUGGCCGUACCAACUCGACAGUGUGAGAUCGUUUACCGGCUGAGGAUAUAUUGCAUACACAAGUAUGAAGAAUAAGCUAUAUCGCGAUGUGCCCUUUUUGUGAGUGAUCAGUUGUGAAACACUUUGUUUGAAUAAGUCCGGUUCCUAUGUAACAUUUUCGGGUCUGACAAAGGAUCGAGGGUGGUAUGCCAUGUUACAGGUACUGGUUGUACGGCUAACGAGAUGGUUAUUGGUUACAGAGCAUGUCGAUUAUUAGCACA